UUAUCGUGCCUGACCGCCCGGCAGAAACAUGGGGAGCAGUUCGUGUCGCGACAAAAAAAAAAAGUUGGUCCCCGCUCGGCUCGAGGCUGGCAAAAUCAAGGCUUCACAUACCAACAACCGCAAUACAGCGUCCAGAUUCGGUCAAAGCCUUCCUCAACGCAAGCGAAUUUACGCAAAAAUGUCCAGCAACGCCAAUGGGGCCGGGGACGGUCCUUGGAUCAAGCAGGACCCUGCACAAUUGAAGAGAGAUGCCGAAUCCAAAGAGGCCAAGCAUGCAAGAAAGGAGGCCAUGCGCAAGGCGCGGGCCGAGGCCCGCAAGGAGAAGCGGACGAUAAAGGCCGAGGCCAAGAGGGCGCGCAAGGUCAACGUCAAACGGGCGGGCAAGUGGACCUCGGAAGCCCGCAAGGCGGAGCAGAAGAUAAAGAAGGCCGCCAACAGGCCCGAGAAGACGGCCAAGCGCAUCCGCCGCAUGGGGCUGCGCGCCGAGAAGCUCAAGGCCCAGGCCAUCAAGCUCAUGGCCGACGCCGAGAAGACCAAGGCGGCGUACGAGGUGCUCAUGAAGAGGGAGCAGGAGCGCAUUGACAAGGACAAGGCCGACAAGAAGGCCGAGGGGGCCGAGAGGAGGGAGGCCCAGGGUCUGGGUGAAGGCGACUUUAUGAGCCUGGAUGUCGACACGGACGACGAGGUUGCGCCACCCAGCAAGCCUGCUUCCAAGAAGGGCAAGGUUAUUGAGAUCGAGAGCAACGACUCUGAUUCAUCCAGCGGCGAGGGCGAUUCGAGCGAGGACGAGUCGAGCGAGGACGAGUCGAGCGAGGAGGAGAAACCCGAGCCAAAGUCCAAGUCAGAACCCAAGUCGCGCGACAAGGCGAAAUCGGACCCAAAGCCAGAACCCGUCCCCGCAGCUGUGCCUGAAGAGAAGAAAAAAUCAAAGAAAGACAAGGCAAAGGACAGCAAGAAGGCGACGGAGGAGAAGCCAACGGAGGCGGCGGUGGUUGAAGAGCAAAGCACCAAACACAUCUCUAAGGAGGCGAAGAAGGCUCGCAAGGCGGAGAAGAAGAGAAAGCGGGAGGAGGAGGAGGCACCCGCUGCAUCCCCCGACGCCGAGGAGGAGGCUGCCCCCAAAAAGCAAAAGAAGCCGAAGAAGGAUAAGAAGGACAAGAAAGACGAGGAUGCGACACCUUCCGAGAAGCCGGCCGCCGCCGCCGCGCAAUGGAACGUCGACGCUCUGGAGGGCGGAGUCGCGCGGCAAAGCAAAUUCCUCAAGCUACUCGGCGGUACCAAGGGCGACGCCGCAUCCACUGCCACCGGAGGCGGGUCCACGGCCCAGGCCGGCAAUGCCGGCCGCUCCGAGGCCGACCUUCUGUACCAGUUUGACUACGGAAUGAAGAUGAAGAACGAGAUGGGCGGGCAGAAGAGGGGAUUGGGGGCGUGAGCGUCAUCGCGCCUGCCACGAGUUGUUCCUGUUCGAAAUACCCUUGAAGGUUGCAUCAACCAUACGCACGCCACUCCCGCGCUGUGUCAGGUUCGGAGUUUGUAGCCCGGCGUCUAAAAAUCAUUACAACAAUACUUCAAAUAAUUACAAGAUGACUUGCUUACCGGGUACUCCCUGAUACCUGCACCCUGAAACAAGUCGGUUCAUAUGUAAAC